AUGGGUUUCAGUUCGCUAGUGGAUCGCCAAAAGGCAUUGGGCGACAAAAUCAAACAAUUUAUUGGUAAUUGCAAAAAAGCUGGAAAACCUCGCAGAACUUCUCAAUUCUAUACAGACAAGAUUCAAGAAUUGCAAAGGUUGGGUGACGAAUAUCAUGAAAAUCAUCAGGAAAUCAUGGCUUCAGUGGACAAGGUUGACGACCAUGAAUACUUGGUGAACAAAGAGUAUCAGAGUAUUCUUAAAAUGAUUGUCGAUUACAACAAGGUUCUAGAAAUUGAAGCAAUAGAGCUAGAAAAAUCAUCUUCAGCAAGCAAUGGCACAACAAUUGAGCAAAACAAACAGAUAAAUGAUUCAAACAUUCGGAAACUACUCCGAAAUCAGAAGGCACUCAUACGUGUAAUUGAAAGAACAAUAGAAGGAAUCAUGGUCAACAGGCAAGUUGAACAACCAUCUACAUACUAUUCUAUAAAGGCAGCCAGUCUUGAAGGAUAUAUGGUCGAUUUAACGGCAAAUAACACAACGUUAUGGGAAGCUACCGACGAAAGCAUCAUUGAGGACUACACACUGGAAAUGUUUUAUGAACUCGAGGAAAAGGCAGGAGCUGCCAUGAUCGAACUACAGCAACAUUUGCAUAAUAAUCAGACAAUUCGCAACUCAAGACAGACAGAUUGCGAAUUGCCUCUACCAAGAAUAUCACUACCAAAAUUUGAUGGAAACUACAUGCGGUGGGUGGAAUUCAAGGACUUGUAUAUGGAAUUGGUCCACAACACGGACAUCAGUGACAGCAAAAAAAUGCAUUAUCUGACUACAUCAUUGGAUAACGAGCCAAAGGGGCUAAUUAGACAUCUUCCAGUAGUAGGAGAAAAUUACAAUAUAGCCUGGACUUUACUUACAAGUCGUUAUGAAAAUAAACGACUUCUGGUUACAACACUCCUAAAUAAAUUAAUGGGACAAUCCUCCAUUAAAAGGGAGUCGGCACCAGCAUUAAAAUCUCUACACGAUGUAAGCAAGGAAUGCAUACAUGGUCUCAAGGCUCAAGGAGUUCCAGUCGAACAUUGGGAUAUUAUCCUGGUACAUCUAUUGCUGCGCAAGCUGGAUGCAGAAACUCUAACAGCUUUCGAACAAGGGCUAUCAGACAACAAACGUUUAAUAACCAUUGAUGAAUUGCUAAAAUUUUUGGAACAUAGAUUUCAAUCACUUGAGGCUAGGGGAAAAGGAGAUUCAUCAUUCACUCGAACAUGUGCUUCAGCUACAAAAUUUGGUUUAAGUAAAACCUGUCCAAUUUGCAAUAAAGACGGUCACAUGGUCUAUGCUUGCAAAAAAUUCGAGACGGCUAAUCUAUCACAACGUUGGAAUUGGGUUAAAGAGUUCAAUUUGUGUGUGAACUGCCUCAGGAUUGGACAUCGAGCUGAUGAGUGUAAAUCAAGGCACUGCACUAAGUGUUCUAAAAAACAUAACACUUUGAUGCAUAAUCCAAAGGGGAAUCAAUACACAAAAGGUACUGUUCUUCAAGGAAAUAACUCGACGCCUCAACAAACAGGUCAAGCUUCAGUUUCAAACCAAUCAUCAAAUAAAAUAACUCUUUUAACAAACAAUACCAGACAGGAAUCUAAUUAUGUCUUAUUAGGGACGGCCAGAAUAAGAUUGCUGGCAUCAAAUGGAAGACAAAUUGAAUGCAGAGCAGUAUUGGACUCUGGCUCUCAAAUCAAUCUCAUAACAAACCGCCUGUCACAAAAAUUGGGCUGCAAGCCUAGGCCAACGCUUAUGAGUAUGGAAGGCGUAGGAGCAAAUGAAUCAAAAAUACGUCAUCAAACAAUAAUUCGAGUACAAUCAACGUUGAACGAAUUUGUAGCAGAGAUGGAUGCACAUAUCAUACCAAAAAUCGUUUCAGAUCAGCCAAUGCAGUAUUUGAAUAUCGAAUCCUGGGAUAUUCCAAAGGAAUUAACUCUCGCUGAUCCAGAUUUUAACAAACCUGGCCGAAUAGAUUGCCUGUUAGGAGCAGAGAUCUUUUUCAAGUUACUUAUUGAAGGUCAAAUAAAACUAGCAGGUAGUCUUCCAAUACUUCAGAAUUCUAUUUUUGGAUGGGUUGUAGCUGGCAAUGUUGAAACUUUAAAUUCAAGCACGGCAACUUGUGGCAUAUGCACUACUAAGGAACUAGAAGAAUCUAUAUUGAAAUUCUGGGAAUCAGAAGAAAUUCCAGAUUCAACUUCGGAACUCACAGAAGACGAAUUGCGUUGUGAGUCACAAAUUUUUUGCAACACACUUUUCGAGGAAGUGAUAGCAGAUUUGUUGUAA